GCCCUCGGUGAGAGAGGCGGAUGCGCCCGAGGACUCCAGGCCGAGGGUCGCUCGGCCGGCAGGGUUUCACGCUGCGGACACCACGCUGAACGUCAGCUACUCGUCGGAUCGUGGCCUUCUGAUGUGUUAUGCAGUUGGUCCCCUCUCGCACCUCGUCGCGGGCGCGAGGGCCAGCGUGGGGCUGCGGUCGGGCAGAUACAUGUUCGAGGCCAGGAUUGUGGAGUACACGACGCAGGCAGAAGGCCCGCAUCCUCAGGUCGCCGCCCGCGGGAACCUGGGCAAGACUCUCGUCCGCUUCGGCUUCAUGACCUCUGGCGGCAUGCCUGUCCUGGGCGACACGGACGAGAGCGUGUGCUUCGACUCCGAGGGCGGCUUCAUUGCCAACCGGAGGAGGAUACCGAUGAAUUAUUGCCGGUUCGGCCUCGACAACGUCGUCGCGCUCGUCAUCAACCUGGACGAUGGCGUCCAGCACAGCCGCACUGUCAGUCUGUACAAGGACGGGGAGCUGCAGGGCAAGCCCAUGCCAAUCCCGGACGUGCUGAGAGGAAAGGCGCUCUUUCCCACCGCCACGUUCAAGAAUGCCACCAUACAUUUCGGCUUCGGCCCCGAGCCACGGUGCGCAUUGCCCUUCAGGUGCCGCAUGGUGAACGAUGCUUCGCAGGAGGACGUGAGCGUUGUGGAGCCCGAGGCUCGGAAGGAUGGUAGGCACGAGCUCUUGAUGCCGGUGCUGCUGCCAGACCAAGGUGGCUUUGACUGGUUGGAUUGGUUCCUGGAGAGGAACCCGGGCUACACCGAGCUCAGCGACAGGAAGAUCGCGGAGUGGGCGCAGAGGAGCGGGUUUUGGAGGCCCCCCGCAAAGGGCAAGCUGAGCUGCGACAGGCCCGACUUCGGCUUCGGAGUGCCGUCGCUCGAUGAUGGCAGUGCGCGCGAGCUGCUGAAGCUGUCGGCUGCAUUGCAGGGCCGCGAUUACGUCCUGAUGGAGAUCAGGGGGAACCUCCUGAAAGAGGAGCGCGCGGCGGCCCUCCGGCGCUUCGGCCGCCACCGCUUCCGGCGCGUGGCCCGGGUGCUCGUGGGCGAGCCGUCCGCGGAGUACGGGGCCUUCGUGCUCGACCGCGCCCUGAGGCGCAAGCAGGCCGCCUCGGACGACGCCCGCAGCGGCGACCAGGCCCGGAGGGCGCUGGCUCGCAGGCGGGACCAGCUCCAGAGGCGCGCCGCGCGGGCGGCGAAGCGGGCCGAGCUCGAGGCACAAGGUCUGCCCGCGCCGGCCGAGGACGCGGAGGCGUCCGACGAGGAGAGGGAGGGCGCCGCGGCCGAGGAGGGGCAGGCGCCGGCCGUGGUGCUCACAGAGGAAGAGAAGGCCAGCUUCUUCCAGAAGCAGGCCGACGACCCUCCCGAUCUUUCGGAGAGCGCCCUCAACACCUCGCUGCUGAAGUUUUCCCUCCCCGGCGAGGAGGAGGGCUUCGACGAGGUGAGGUACGAGUGGUCGCAGUCCGCCAGCGCGGCACGGCACCUGAAGGGCUGGGUCCAGGAGCGUAAGGCGGACUGCCGGAUCGAAGACCUGCAGCCGUCGGAGUGGUUCGCCGAGAGAUGGAAGGCAUGGCAAGAGGACCUGAAGAUGUGGCACAGGCUCAGCAUGGAGUACAGGGAUCCCAAUAAGCGAUCUCAGAUGGCUUCAGUAGUAGCCGCGGCGACAACCAAGGCGGAGGGGAGUAAGAAACGCAAGUCCGAGGAGAUGGAGGGCGCGCAGGAUGGCCAGGAGGCCGAGAAGAAGCGGAUCGUUGAGGUCACCGAUCGGGAGGGGCAAAAGGAGCACGUCGUCUCAAGAGAGGAUGGUGAGGCGAAGGUUGACGUGGACGCAGAUGCGGCCAGCAAGAACCGAGCCGAAGACAAGAAACAUAGAGAGGAACAAACGGCCGAGCAGGGAGAUGGCAAGGCGCACCAUGAGGCGACGGACUUCCUGCAAAUGAUCGAGGAUACGUCCCUGGAGGAUGGCGACCCGAUGGUGCAGCUCUUCGGUGAGCUGCUCGCGAGGGAAACAGACGUGUUCGCUGUCGACGACGCCGAGGCCUGUGGCGAGGGCGGCACGCGACCCCUAUUUGCAGAUUUCGCGUUUGAGGACUGGACCACUUUGAGCUUACGCUUCGAGCUGCACCUGUUGAUCCAUGCAUUCCAGCGGGACUGUGACGACCCCGAGAGGCUUGGCAUUCCCCCGGAGCACUUGCCAUUUUAUUAUAACAAGUAUUAUAAGAAGGGGCUGAGCCCAGAGAGUUUUGGAGUCAAAAGCAUGGAGGAACUCGUGGGGCUCAUCGACGACACUGUGGUGAUCGUCGGGAAGGUAGUGGAGUCGCAGCUUCCGACCGAGCACGGCAGCAACAUCAUUUUCCUGGCGCUGACCGAGGAGGCGCGCCGGGUGCGGCAGCGGCGGGUGGAUGCUGGUGACCUCUCCGCAGCGCUCAGCUUUCAGAGCGAACGCUCUGCGGCGCUUGCUGCGGCCAAGGCUGGCACUGCACCUCCAGGACUGGCAGCGGGGGUCGCGCCGCAUAUCGUUAGGCCUGGCUUCCCAGUGGCCCAGCCCGUGGGCACCUUCCCGAACGUUCCUGCGCGGCCGUGCUAUGGGUGGGUGAACGGCCACUGUCUUCGGGGGGAUAGCUGCCGGUACUCUCACAAGGAGGAGGACGCAGUGGCAGCCGGCUUAAGGGGGAAAGGUCUGAAGGGCGCGGGCAAGGGCUUCCCUGUCAGCGUCGCCGUCGUGCAACCGCAGGGGGCGAUGGCCAAGGCAUCCCUGCCACAGGACGGCAUGCUGCCUCAAAUGGCGCAGAUGGGUACUAUGGUCAAGGCAGCCCCUCAGGCCAGCGCUGUGGUGCAGGUCCCCGCCGCCCCUGCCUUCGGGACCAUGGCCAAGGCUCCGCCGCCCCCGCAGCAGGUCGUUCUGCAGACGCAGGGGCAGUCGACCCAGGGCUUCGGGCCGACUGGCCAGCCACUGCAGCAGCAGCAGCAGCAGCAGCAGCAGCAGCAGCAGCAGCAGCAGCUGCUGCAGGGCUUCGGUGUGCCUGGUCAGGCGGCGUUCGGGCCGCUGGCCCCGGGGCAGGCUGUCCCUGGGCAGGUGCCCCAGGUCGUUCCGCGACCCAGCGUGCUGGUGCAAAUGCCGCCGCCAGGGCAGGCGCUGCCAGGACAGCUGCAGGCGCAGGCACCGCCGGCGCCGCCGGCAACUGCACCAGCACAGGGGCAGGCCCAGCAGCCGCAGAUCCAGCAGCAGCAGCAGCAGCAGCAGCAGCAGCAGCAGCAGCAGCAGCAGCAGCAGCAGCAGCAGCAGCAGCAGCUCGCCCAGCAGCAGGCGGCGCAGCAGCAGCUCGCACAGCAGCAGCUCGCCCAGCAGCAGGCGGCGCAGCAGCAGCUCGCCCAGCAGCAGGCGGCGCAGCAGCAGGCGGCGCAGCAGCAGAGGUUGCUGCAGCAGCAACAGCUGCUGCAGCAGCUGACCCCGCAGCAGCAACAGCAACUGCAGCAGCAGCUGCUGCAACAGCAGCUGCUUCAGCAGCAGCUUGCGCAUCAGCAGGCAGCCCAGCUCCAGCAGCAACUGCUGCAGCAGCAGCUGGCGCAGCAGCAGGCCAUGCAGCAGCAGGCCGCACAGCAGCAGCAGGCAGCAGCCCUGGCCAAAGCGUCCCCAGGUUAG